ACGCGCGCUCGGUCCUGCUCCGCGCCGGGCUUUGGCGCCGACUCUCCCAGGCAGCCGCACGGCGUCGCGCACGGCUGGGCGGGGCGGGUCGCGCUUCCUCCGAGCGGCGGCUGCGACGCCCCUGCAGGGUCCAAGAUGGAUCUCCCGGCGCUGGUCGCUGCCCCGAUCCCGACCCCGCGCGGGGCCCAACAUGGCGGCGGCCCCGGCCGACUCCGCCGAGGCCCAGGCCCGCCCCCCAUCCAGGGCCCCGCGCGCCGCCGCCUGCUGCUGCUGCGGGGCCCCGAAGAUGGCGGGUCGGAGCCGCGGCGAGGGGAGGCCGGGGCGGCGGCGGCGGGUCCCGGGCCGAGCCCGCCGCCCCUCGAGGACGACGACGACGACGACUCCUUCGUGGUGCUUCUGGAAGUGCCGCGCGGCGCCGCGACCGAGGCCUCCGGGCGGCGGGAGGCUGAGCCCGGCGCCGACGCGAGUCCUGCCGGCCGGCCCCAGCUGGGCUCCAGCGGCGCCGCCCCCGGCCCUGGCGCGGCGGCCCUCGGGGACACCGUCGCCGUCGGCGGCCAGGACUUGCUGGUGCGCCUGGACCGCGGCGUCCUCACCCUGGCCUCGCAGCCGUCGCCCCCCGACCCGCCGGCGCAGGGGCCGCCGCCCCCGGGCCCGCCCGCGCCGCCGCCGCCGGAGGAGGCCGCGAGCCCGGCCGAGGGCCGCCGCGGGGCCCUGGGUCCCGGCGCGCUCGGCUACCGCUGCCCCGAGCCGCAGUGCUCGCUCUCCUUCGCCAAGAAGCACCAGCUGAAGGUGCACCUGCUGACGCACGGCAGCAGCCAGGGCCGCCGGCCCUUCAAGUGCCCGCUGGACGGCUGCGGCUGGGCCUUCACCACCUCCUACAAGCUCAAGCGGCACCUGCAGUCGCACGACAAGCUGCGGCCCUUCGGCUGCCCGGUGGGCGGCUGCGGCAAGAAGUUCACCACCGUGUACAACCUCAAGGCGCACAUGAAGGGCCACGAGCAGGAGAACUUGUUCAAGUGCGAGGUGUGCACGGAGCGCUUCCCCACGCAGGCCAAGCUCAGCUCUCACCAGCGCAGCCACUUCGAGCCCGAGCGGCCCUACAAGUGUGACUUUCCCGGCUGUGAGAAGACCUUCAUCACGGUGAGUGCUCUGUUUUCCCAUAACCGAGCCCACUUCAGAGAACAGGAACUCUUUUCCUGCUCCUUUCCCGGUUGCAGCAAACAGUAUGACAAAGCCUGUCGCCUGAAAAUUCACCUGAGAAGUCAUACAGGUGAAAGACCUUUUAUUUGUGACUCUGACAGUUGUGGCUGGACCUUUACCAGCAUGUCUAAACUCCUGAGGCACAAAAGGAAACACGAUGACGAUCGGAGGUUUAUCUGCCCUGUGGAAGGCUGUGGGAAGUCAUUCACGAGAGCAGAGCAUCUGAAAGGCCACAGCAUCACCCACCUGGGCACAAAGCCGUUCGAGUGUCCUGUGGAAGGGUGCUGUGCCAGGUUCUCCGCGCGUAGCAGUCUCUACAUUCACUCCAAGAAACACCUGCAAGACGUGGUUGCUCCAAAAAGCCGUUGCCCGGUGUCCAGCUGUAAUAGACUCUUCACCUCCAAGCACAGUAUGAAGGCACAUGUGGUCAGGCAGCACAGCCGGCACCAAGAUCUCUUCCCUCAGCUAGGAGCUCCAAGUUCUCUUCCUCUCAGCAGUGAACUAAGCAGCCCAGGCCAAAAUGAGCUCAACAACAUUGACCUGGCCGCGCUGUUCUCUGAUGCACCUGCUGAUGGGAGUAGUGCAGCAGGGGCCUCGGACGAGGCGCUGACCUCUGGAAUCCUGACUAUUGAUGUGACUUCUGUGAGCUCCUCUCUCAGAGGGAACCUCCCUAAUAAUAGUUCCUUAGGGCCGAUGGUCUUGGUGGCCCACAAUGACAUUCCUUCCAGCCUGGACAGCCCUCUUGUUCUCGGGACAGCAGCCACAGUUCUUCAGCAAAGCAAUUUCACUAUGGAUGAUGUGCAGACUGUAAGUGCAGGAGCAUUAGGCUGUCUGGUAGCUCUGCCUGUGAAGAACUUGGGUCAGGACCCAAAGGCUUUGACCUCCAGCAGCAGUUUACCAGCGACCACCACCACACUGACCUCUUCAAGCACCCCACCAGGAAACACCAGUGUCCCAGAACUGCUGACUUCAAUCAAAGUGGAACCAGACUCGCCUCCUGGCCCUGGUGCUGUCAGGCAGCAAGAACGAAACAGAGAGGUACCUUGGCCUGUGUUUUCCAGCCUUCCAGGAAGGCAUAGUCCUCAGAAAGACACAGGCCUCAGUGCAGGGACUGGCAACUUCUCUUUGCUGAGUGACGGGCUGCCUCGAUUCUCUGAGCACAGAUGGUGUGUGGUGAAUGGGUUACAGGAAAGUGGGGGCUCAGCAAGAACUGAUUCCCGAGCCAUUCAACUAGCCAAGAAAAAAAAGCAGAAAGGAACUGGGAGCAAUGCAGGAGCCUCAGGGUCUACUCAGAGAAAAAUGAAAGGUGGCAAAGUCACUCCUACUCACUUGUAUGCAAACCAGAGUGGUUGGUUGUGUGGGAACCUUGUGGUGCCCGGCGGAGGUCUGCCAGGACCAGCUCCAGCAGCUGGGGUGCAGUGUGUUCCGGUCCAGUUACUGCAGGACGGCCCCUCAGGUGAAGGAGUCUUGCCUGUGGUGCUGAGCCCGCAGUCUUCCACCUUCCACCCCCUGCUCGCCAUUGGUGUGCCCGUCUAUGUCCUCCAGGAGGUGCAUCCUGCUGCCGGAGGGGCUUCUGGGCCUGAGGACACGCACAGCACAGGCAGCACUGUCAACCUACAGGACCUGCAGUGAAAGCUGCCCUCUACUGGGGGACCCAAGGGCGACGCCUCCCAUCUGUGUCCCCUAGAGACUCUGUUACGUGGUCUUGCAGGCCUGGCUGAGAGCCCACUUGGUUUCUGCUCAGAAGGCCAGCCUAGUUCUUCAGAGACUUUUGGGUACACUCAUUGAACAUGUUUUUUCUUACAUUCUAUCAGGAACCAGUUAGGGGCCGUUCUGUUUAAAACUGCCUUGUCUAAGCAAAGUGCUUCAGUGAGGCAAAGAUUGCCUUCCUAGCAAAGCACACCCCUCUUCUGUACUUGUGCCUGUGUGCGCACAUCCCUUGUCCCAUUCAUCUGAGCCAUAGAGCACCAGUUGCAUUUACAAAAACAGACUUGUGCAGGAAAUAGAGAACAGGUCCCCUAGUGAAAUACAACUGUAUCUGUAGUAAACCCAGAAGGGGUCUUUCAGCUUUGCGGUCUCAGCAUUUGCCCUGAGAGAGAUCUAAAUGCCCUGCUUUCCCUUUCUGAGAGCUAUGUGACAGGCUGUUUCCCACCCCUUUGAAUGGUGCUUGUAGCGGGGUUGACUUUUGUCACACUGUGGGGCAGAAGUGGGCUGCUUGUCACAGGAAGCCGAAUUCUCAUCCAUGUUCUGGCAGUCCAGGCAAGCUGCUGGUGUGAGAGGAAAUUAUUGAGGUGAAGUGGACAUAUCAGGGGCCCUGUUUGUGAGCCCUCUGUGUAGACCAAAUUUUGAGCUCACAGUUUGGAGAUGGUAGAAUUAAAACAUUCAAAAUAAUUUUUUAAAAUUCUGUAUUUGGGUACUAAUGUUUAAUAAUAAUUUGACGAUGGUUUAUAAAGUCAUGUUCAGAAUACUAUAAAUUAUGUGCAGGAUUGUAAUGAUGGCAUGUAUAUGUUUUUGUUGAGGUUGAAGGUGUGCAUAUCAUGUCACCACGUAUUUUGCAGUGUUAAUUCUGUCUUGCAAAAGGAGACGAGUUGAUAACCUUGCACAUAUUUAUUUGUUAAUUGGUUAGUGGACUGGACACGAUCACUCAGAAAUGCUGUGUUUGCCUUAUGCCUUUUGAAGUGUGUGUUUAUUAAGAUGCUACUUUGGUUCUCAGACUUGGAAUCAUCCAAACUCUGCCCAUCCUGUGUUUCUUUGUUUCUUGAGUGUUUGGACUUGGGCUCUUGGGAGUGACCUAGCAUUCAAUUGUGAUUCCUCUCUGUCCUAUUCUGAGGUGCCAUCCCCUCCUGCUCAGUGCUUCUCUAGCUGAAGGAAUUUAGGCCCCAUUUAUAAAUGGUUCGUACAGAACUCUGUGCUGCUUCACAAACAAUUUCUGUGCUCAUGUGGCACCUCAGCCUCCAGGUCCUCCAGAAAUCCCCUCCCUCUCCAAGGAGCCAAGCCUGUUGGCCAGGGUGGCCAUACCUCACUGACCUCCUGAAGGAGGACGUACUGCUGGACCUUUCUCCGGCACGUCCCCCAGUGAAUGUCCACUACAAAGUGAUUGGUACUGACUGUCAGUUUUCUGGGCACUGAGGUCCCCUGUUGGCAGUGGACCCAACCCUAGUGCAAAUGAAUAAAAGUUUUUGUAUAGUUACAUA